AUGGCUACCUUGAAACGAAAGUCCCCUGAAUUUGCGGACCCGACCGAUGUCACGCCUACCGGCCCUCCGGCCAAGCGUAUGCGUCUGACCCAAAGUCAGAAGCAGGCAUUGAUCGACAAUUUACAGCUUGAAAUCACCGAAAGAGCUCGCAAGCUCCGCUCACAAUAUGCCCUGCAAGCGAAUGACCUUCGAUCGCGCAUUGAACGACGCGUCAACCGUAUUCCCGUCUCUUUACGCAAGGUGACGAUGGGCGAGCUCUUCGACAAGCACUCUGGGCUUCUCAAAACAUCACCCAUGCGAAAGGCUUCACCUAUCAAGGCUUUCCGAGCUCCUCCCAGCAUCUCUAUCGAUCAGGCUCUCUCUCCCGCACGCGACAAUCGAUCUCGACGCACGAGCCAUGACGAUCACUACUCAGACAAAGAAAAUGCCCCGGCGACAGGGGAACCCGAGGGUUUGAAGAACCCCAAGCGUCGCGGCAAAGCCCCUGCUGCGGGCAGUGCCUCGCGCGUUGCUUCCCAAGAAGUGCGAGCAAACGACAACCGCAUUUUAUCCCCCAAGUCUCUUAAUUCACGGACUUAUCCCCAAUCCCCCUUCCGUGCCUCUCCCGAGAAGGGACAGCCUUCAUACUUGUCACGCCCCACCUCUCCACUGAAACCAUCAAGUCCCCUGCGCGCAGGCGGUCCUAGUUCUCGCCCACGUGGUACUACCAUCUCCACGGUGCGGGACAAUUAUCCGUCCUCUCAAACCAAGAAGACAACUUCUCGAGCUGCGACCGGGCCUCGGCCCGUCAGGUCACCCCUUCCACGCCCCGCCACUCGACAGGGAAUCGAGCGCAAGAACAGCAUGUCUUCCACGGCUUCCUCGGGAACCACUGUUCAGAGACCGACUCGCACAGGCACCAAUGCGAGAAAGGCAACCACCGGAACUGCUUCUUCCACGGCCAAGAAAGCUGGCACUGCUCGGCCACAAGCUGCCUCUAUGGCGGUGAAGAAGACUGCAUCCGCUGCUACCGUGCGCAAGACCACCGCGCCUGCAUCCACCACUGAGACCACGACCCGCACAAGAGCCCUACGAAAGCGAAUCUAG